CUGGGCUCCAUACCUGGGGAGUAGACAGUCUUCUACUUUCUAACAAGCUGGACUUCAAGUUUGGUGUAAAUCCUCUGGUUGAUGGACAGGUGUUUCCCCGCUGAGCCCUUGGGGAGAUUCUCCAGCAGCGCUGGGACACCUCUUCCCCAGAGGCCGGUGGGCUGGACCCCUUUGGCCCAAUUCAAAGUUAGGGGGCGGCUCCUGCCUGCCUGAGAGGAGGGCUCUGACCACCACCUCUUGGCCUCGCUCCGUCUGUCUGUCGGUCUCUGGGAAUGGCCGUCUCCUGUUCUUUUUCUUUCUCCUUUUAAGUCUCUGUUUCCCCUCUUCCUGAAGUACUUCUCUGAGCCUCAGUCGCCGUCCUUCUGUCUCUGGCUCCUGCAUCUGUCUCGGCUCCCGGCUUCUCACUCCUCGUCUCCGCCCCUCCCCCCGUGCUGUCAUUCACCCCGCUCCUCUCUGCGCACAGCCAAUGGAGAGACCGGGUCGGAACGGCAAGGCUCGCUCGCACCGGGCUUUUUCGCCCGGUGAUUGAUGUCCCAGAGUCAACAGCGAGCGAGCAGCCGGAGAGGGGAAGGAGCAGCAGGAGAGGAGUAGAAUACGUCGCCCCCUCUCCCCUCCCCCUCCCCCUACUUUAGCCCUUCUGCGCACUUCGCCUCCAAGUCUCCGCGCAGCCAGGAGCAGCUCCCGCCUUCGCGCCCCUGCGCCCCUGCGCUCUGCCCCCAGAGCGAAAAACAGCGAGCCCCGCCGCCCAGGCCCCCCCGUGGGGCCGGGGCCGGGGGCCAGCAUGGAUCACCUGGGUCCGCACCAUCUCCACCCGGGCCACGCGGAGCCCAUCAGCUUCGGCAUCGACCAGAUCCUCAACAGCCCGGACCAGAGCGGCUGUAUGGGGCCAAACUCACGCCUCCAGGACGGAGAAUACGGCCUUGGCUGUUUGGUCGGAGGCGCCUACCCUUACGGCGGCGGGGGACCUGUGGCCGGGGCCGGGGCUGGGGGUGCGGGGGCCUAUGGAGCAGGCGGCCCGAGCGGUCCUGGUGGCCCUGCUGGUGGCGGGGGCGGCGCCUGCAGCAUGGGCCCGCUGGCCGGCUCCUACAACGUGAACAUGGCCUUGGCGGGCGGCCCGGGUCCGGGCGGCGGCGGAGGCGGCAGCGGCGGAGGGGCGCUGAGCGCUGCGGGGGUGAUUCGGGUGCCCGCGCACAGGCCACUAGCUGGAGCAGUGGCCCACGCACAGCCUCUGGCUACCGGUUUGCCAACGGUGCCCUCCGUGCCUGCCGUGCCGGGCGUCAACAACCUCACCGGCCUCACCUUUCCCUGGAUGGAGAGUAACCGCAGAUACACAAAGGACAGGUUCACAGUGGCCCUCUCACCCUUCACUGUAACACGCCGUAUAGGUCACCCCUAUCAGAACCGGACGCCCCCCAAGAAGAAGAAGCCGCGCACGUCCUUCACGCGCCUGCAGAUCUGCGAGCUGGAGAAGCGCUUCCACCGCCAGAAGUACCUGGCCUCGGCCGAGCGCGCCGCCCUGGCCAAGGCGCUCAAAAUGACUGACGCGCAGGUCAAAACCUGGUUCCAGAACCGGCGGACAAAGUGGAGGCGGCAGACCGCGGAGGAGCGUGAGGCCGAGAGGCAGCAGGCGAACCGCAUCCUCCUGCAGCUUCAGCAAGAGGCCUUCCAGAAGAGCCUGGCGCAGCCGCUGCCCGCGGACCCGCUCUGCGUGCACAACUCGUCGCUCUUCGCCCUGCAGAACCUGCAGCCGUGGUCUGACGACUCGACCAAGAUCACCAGCGUCACGUCGGUGGCGUCGGCCUGCGAGUGAUUCUGCCCAUUCCACUCCGGAGACCCCGGCCCAGCCAAGGGGUCGCCGCCACGGCCUCAGAGCCGGGACCGUCUUCGACUCCACCGGCCUCAGACUGCACGCGGGAGGGGAACGCUGCCCGCUCACAAGUGCCCGCUCCCUGCGUGCGCGCGGACACUUCUCUCUUCGGUGGAAAAGGAGAAAGAAAGCACAGAGGACAAGGACCGGCGACCUCCUCCCAAACUCCCAGGCGGUCCUGCGCCCGCUAGAACUGUUCAGAGUCGGUCUCAGUUGCGUCUGUUUUAUUUUAUUCUGAUUUUUAUCGUGGGACCGAUCAAGAGAGGCAGGGGAAGAGGAGCUUCUGGGGUCCCCUGAGGACAGCAUGGGCUGUCAUUUGAACCUCGCUCUGUAUCCCACUCCUCAUCACACACUGACACCCACAGGCCCACACAGAAAUGAUUUCACCGUCCCUCGUUGUGUCACCCCAGAGUCACGCGCAGGGGACCUAUGGCAGAGUGUCAUGCACACACGGGGCCAUAGCCUUCUUACCCUUGGUCCUCACCAUCUGGCCUAGGCCAGGAGUGACCUGGACUCAUUCUGAGCAGCAUUCCGAACAGCACUUCUCGUAAACACAAGGCCACAGCCACACUGUGACAUGCCAUCCCACACACAACAGCCACCACAGCAUCGCUUGGCCUGCCAGACCUCCAGCACCCCUCCUAGCUGCACCAGGUACGCACAGCCAGGUUUCCACACAGACUCAGCCUAUUUCUCCAGAUCCCGUUCAUGGGGGGGUUUAAGUUAUGCACUUAUAAGGUGUUUUCUGUGUAACCAUUUUAUAAAGUGCUUGUGUAAUUUAUGUGAAAAAAAUAAAACCCUCCGGAUCCGGA